AUGAGGCUGACAUGUAUGUUCUCCUUCAUCUUGCUGUUUGGAGCAGCUGGGCUCGUUGUCUUCAUUCACCUGCAGGAUCCAGAAGAAAUAGUUCAUCAGCAGACAGCAGGGAUAAAAUAUAACAUGGGAUUCCAGCAACCAAAAAAAGACUGUGUUUCCAGCAAUAAUCAGGAUAGAAGAUUAAGAAAAAAUACUGCAGACGGAGUAGCAACUGUAAAGCAGGGUGAUUCAUUACACCUACCUGAAAAUGUGCCCACUAAGCUUCAAAGCACACACAGAAGGCAAAGCAGUAUAAUGUUUGCAAUGAAAGAUCAAGAGAAAGGUGAAGAAAUUAAUUCCAUCAGGCUCCAUAAACGGAGGAGGAGAUUUAUAAUUAAGAAGAGCCCAAUUCUGAUUUCCAUGAAUAGCUCCAUCUUCAACCUGCCCACAAUUAAAUCUGAGGACAGAAACAAGUGGAAAAGUCUCUAUCAGAUCCAAAGAGAAAGAAAGCGGAUAAUGAGGGAAACUUGUUCUAAAUACAAGAGUAAUAAUAGAAGAAUAAUCACUCCUUACCAUGUUUCUAGAAUAUUUGUAGAAGAUAAAUAUAGAGUUUUAUACUGUGAAGUACCAAAAGCUGGCUGCUCUAACUGGAAGCGUGUGCUCAUGGUUCUUAACGGGCUGGCUUCUUCCACAAAAGAUAUACAGCACAACACAGUGCACUAUGGAAACUAUUUAAAAAGGCUGGAUGGCUUUGAUCACAAAGGAAUUUAUCAUAGGCUCAACACUUAUACGAAGAUGCUUUUCAUUCGUGAACCUUUUGAAAAGCUGGUAUCUGCAUUUCGGGACAAAUUUGAACACCCAAACAAUUACUACCACCCGGUUUUUGGAAAAGCCAUCAUUUCCAGAUACCGUGUCAAUGCCACCAAAGAAGCAUUAAGGACAGGCUCUGGAGUAAAAUUUAAAGAGUUCAUUCAGUACCUCCUGGACGUACAUAGGCCCGUGGGUAUGGAUAUCCACUGGGAUCAUGUCAACAGGCUUUGCAGCCCAUGUUUAAUAGACUACGACUUUGUUGGGAAAUUUGAAAGUAUGGAAGAAGAUGCAAACUUCUUCCUCCACUUAAUUGGUGCUCCACAAAAUUUAACUUUCCCCAAGUUUAAAGACAGGCACUCCAAUGAAGAAAGAACUACCACUAAAAUUACUCAACAGUAUUUUGCAGAGCUUUCUCCUUCUCAACGACAACGAAGCUAUGACUUUUACUAUAUGGAUUAUUUGAUGUUUAACUACUCAAAACCUUUUGAAGAUUUAUAUUGAUUUGAGAUGAGACAUUUCCACAGUCAUACCAGUUGACUUGUAAAACAAAUCCAGGUGGCCUCUCUUUAUAUAUACUUGUCCGUUAGUAAAUGAUUAAAGAGCAGGAAAAAAUCCAAAAUAGAACAUAAAUGGCUAGUGAUGUUUACACCUUCACCUUAAUUGCCUCCUUUUUCAAAUCAUAUUUUUUCUAUAAUUUCUCCAUAUGAAAUGUAUGUAUAUGUAUGUAUAACAUUAUAUGUCAGGGUCCCAAAUA